ACUCUUUGUUUUAUUCCCUGAAAUUUGGUGUAAAAAGGAGUUUUUGUAAAUUUAAUUUAAUUUAAGGUUUAUAAGAAAUAAAAUGUUUAAUUGGUCUGUUUUAAAACAACUCUCAAGACUUUCGAUAUGUGCAGCUGCCAAAGCACAAGUAAAUACAAGAUUAAUAUCUACAAAUACUACUCUACAGUUUAAAAUGACCGAACCACUCUGUGCUGAACCUUUGAAAAAAAAGAAGAAAAUGGAUCCUGCCAUUAUAAAGGCGCGCGAAGAUCGUCGCCGCAAGAAAUUAGAAAAGCAAAUUCGUAGAUUGCAGAAAAAUGCACGACAACUUAAAUCAAUUGAUGAGAUGGAAGUUCCAUUACACAUUUUAGACGAAAUGGGGAAACGGAAGAGGCCACCAGUGAAAUUGUCUUCUGAAGUAAUGGAAGCCCGAGCCUUAUUACAGAAAGAAUGGACCCAAUACAAAAGGGAAGAGUAUAUGAACAGUGUGGCUCAAAUUGAUAGAAUCAUGGCUGCACAGCGUAGAGCCCUUGACAAGCUUUAUGAAGAAUCAGAAGAACUAUAUGAUGAAGCUAUUAUGCCUGACUUGUCCCUGAUACCCUAUUCUGUCAGGGGUCCAGUUGCCACUCCACCUAUCAAGGAUUAUGCAUCACCGGAUGGAGAGUUUAUAGAUGUGUCGAAGAAAUGGGACAAUUAGUUUGUUGAGUGUGCU